AUGAGAGAAUCGGUUGAUGGAUAUAGAGUGAACGUGGAAAAUAGGAUAAAGAAUAGUGAUAGAAGGAGAAGGCAAUCUCAGUCGCUUUGUGUGAGUGCUCUGUCGUUGUGGGUGUCUUGGGCAUCCUUGGUGUGCACUGUUGAAGCCCGCCCUGUACCAUUGUUGUUUUCGUCGUGGUUGGUGUGUUGUUAUUUUUGGGGUCCAAUGGCAUCAAGAAAACCAAGUUGGCGCCUUCGUAUUUCCAUGGAUUCGGCGACCAUUCUUGAAAUGAAUACCAAACUACAAGACCCUCAUAUACAACGUCUUAAUAUGACCCCUUUUAAUUGGUGCUUGAACAUUUUAAACCCUAUUGAAGUGAAUAUAAAAUUAUUGAAGUUGAUGGUUAAACGGUGGGUUGAGAAUGAUGUUAGUUUUAGGGUGUGUCAGCAAUUGGUUCCUUUUACUGUUGUGGAUGUUUUCAUGGCCAUAGGUUUAGACAUAGGUGGUCUAGACAUUACUUUUGAUGAAUGUUUAGUUGGAUUGGUUGGUGACAUGUUUAAUCCCAAAACCAUGACAAAGAAGGACUUGAUUCACAUGUUUCAUUUGAUUGUAAGGGAUGAGGACAUAGAGGUGGAUGUGAUCUUUUUAGAUGAUUUAGAUAGUUUGUGUUUGUAUGAUUGGGCGUCUGGUGUACAUAAUAACAUUGUACAAAAUUUAAACAAGUGUAAGAAGAAAAUAAUGUCUGGACAAAUCUCCAAGUCACUGGGUCUUAGUGGCAAUGUAGCUGUGUUUCAGGCUUGGACCGUGGAAAGACUGUCCUUGCACGGUCAUCGUUCUCAAAGGUUGUUCCCGCGCAUAUGGCGAUGGCUCCCUUAUACGGGAAUGGAAGAAACAAUUGAAAAUAUCUUUAAGACCGGAGAAUUAAAUAUGGAGUGGUACUUAAGUAAGAACGAUCUUGAAACACUGGAAGUGUGUGCUGCUUUUGACAUGGAUGAAGGAGGAAUUGGUGAAGAAACGAAGGGUGAAGGAACGAAGGGUGAACCAUCCACCCUUCCGGAAAUAGAUGAAGAUAGCUCCAAUGACGACACUUGGGAAGCAGGUGCAGAGGAGAUAGUCAGGAAAACCAAUUCUGGUAUAAUGUCAUUGAAUGCCAGAAUUGCAAGCCUUACGAAGGAGUUAAUGGACCUUCGUGAAUUUCCAAUCUAUAACGAAGAAGCUGAUCUUCCUCAUCAUGAAGAAGGUGUUGUUGUAGGGGAUGAAGAACCACCAGCUAAACAUCACAAAGCUGCACCAUCUAACAAAGCUGCACCAUCCGACCAUCUUCCUGCUUAUAUUCAUGUUGAUGAUGGUGACAAUGAUGAUCAUGAAGAGCAUGUACCAUUGCGCAGGUUUGUUGGUGAUCCAGCCACCGAUGUCGAUGUUGAGAAACUGUACAUUACAGUGAGCGUUAAAGACGGAGCACAUAGGGUUGUCUAUGAAAUCAUUGGGAAGUCGUUGAACACAAAAUCUAUGCAGACUUUAGCGCCACGUACAUAUGUUGAUAACAUGGUGGUGUUAUUUGCUUCUACAAUGUUUAUGAACUUUCAAAGAAGGUUGACUGGUGUUGUGAAGAGGGUUCAUUUCAGUUCUUUAUACACGGGCCAUAUUAUCAAUGAUUAUAGGAAAAUGGAAAAAAAUCAACAUGUGUAUACCCUUCGUAAUUACGCGAGCUAUAUGGGGUCUGAUCAUUUUGGUCUUGCAGACAUUCCCACAGCUGACUUUUUGUUUAUGGCAUUUUGCCAUGAUGAACACUGGUGGUCCUAUGCAGUGAACCUCAGAACAUUACAAAUAUCUGUCAUUGACUCAUUAAACAAGGCUGUGAAAGAUCAGACUAGGAUUGACACAUUUGUGAGGCAAAAUAUGGGGAAAUUAUUUGCAUGUUGUACAAUAGACCCGAAGGGAGUAUUGGUCCUUUAUCUGUUCAAAUUCGAUUGUGGAGUGAUCAUGUUAAAAGCAAUGGAAAUUUGGGAUGAAGAGGACAAAUACAACGGCAAGAGCAUGCCGCAAUAG